AUAAAUAAAUCCGAAUACAAUUUACUUCUGACAUUGUUUGGGGAAGAAGACCUGAGAAAACUUUGGAAACUUCGCCCAUGGCGUACGUUGAAGGAGGUGUUAUGAAAUCGAAGCGAUCAAUAUGGCGCCUCAGUACAAUAACUGACUUCUUUUGGUCCAUUAUUAACUUCAUAGGCGUGUUUUUUGCAACCAUGUUCUCGAUGGAAAAAUCAGAUGCCUACAGGAAAGGCUCUGGUUCUGGAAAGAAGUGGGACGGUGGUGGCCCAGGGGGAGGACCAUAUGGUGGUGGACCUGGUGGUCCACGCGGCCCGCGUGGUGGACUCGAUAAUGUGCGGGGAUUAGACAGUGUUCGAGGGAAUGACCAUAGUUCUCUACCUGCCUGUGGUUCCUGCUGCGGCUGAGUGUGGGCACUGUGCUGGUACUUGAAGUGCACGUAUUAUUGUCUUAAAUAUUCACCAUGCACACGAUUAGGACUGUACUUAUUCGGUGUGUGACUGUCGAGAUAUGCCUCAAUAAGAGGUUAUAAGUGAACGUAAACAGGAUUAUGAAGUACAAUUACAAUUCCAUCUGAAUCUCUUGGGGUGCUUUUUUCAGAUUAUGUAUAGUUAUUACGUAAGCGAGUUACGCUUUGGUCUA